AUGAUAAUUUUCGUUGCUAAGAAUUACACAAUAAUACUGAAAUUGUUUUACUUCUUUUAUUUGAUAGUCAAUAAUCAAAGAGAAAGUUGUAGAGAUAGUUAUUCCAAGAAAUCUUUAUUUUUAGUGGGAGAAAUUAGUGGAAAUGAUAUUUUCUCUCAUAUUACACCAAAUUUGUCAAACUUCCGAAAUCUUAUUCCCUUAGUGGUUAAUAAAAUUACAGAAACAACGAUUUCAUUAAUCAAAGAGGGAGCUCUAGAGAUAGUUAUUCCAGGGAACUUUCCAGUGGGGUGUAGUGCCUCCCUUUUGGCAGUGGUGAAUACUAAUAAUACAAAAAACUACGAUGAAUUUGGAUGCUUUAAGGCAUUUAAUACUGUCACACAAUAUUUUUAUGACAAUCUAAUCUCUUCUAUAACUACAUUGAGAGAGACUUACCCUGAUGCCAAGAUAAUAUACUUUGACUAUUAUAAUGAUGCCAAACGUUUGUAUGAAGAACCGCAAAAAUACGGUUUUGAUAAGGAUGAGACAUUCAAAGCAUGUUGUGGAGGCGGUGGGCCACAUAAUUUUGAUCCAAGAAUGGGGUGUGGAAGUCCUAACACAACUGUUUGCUCUGACCCUUCUAAAAAUAUAAACUGGGAUGGAGUUCAUUUUACAGAAGCAACAUAUAAGCUAUUAGCAAAAGGAUUAGUUGAAGGACCUUUUGCAUAUCCCUCACUUAAACCAGCUCCUUUUCAAAUAGCCUAA